CAAGGACGGUAAAUUAAGAAAUAGGAAAUUCAUUAAGGCGUAUUUAUGCUUAUUUGUUUGCUUCGCAACAAAGGCAGUACAUCUUGAGAUCGCAGGCGACUUGACAACGGAUUGUUUUCUAAAUGUUCUCAAACGUUUUGUGUCGCGUCGAGGUUUGUGCCAACACAUGCAUUCAGACAACGGCUUGAAUUUUGUUGGGGCAGACAAUGAGCUAAAAAGAAUUUUUAAAUCUAUUUUUAACUUUAAUAAUGACAACCCGAUUAUGACAUAUUUAAACAAAAACUCGAUUACGUGGCAUUUUAUUCCUCCACGCUCUCCCCACUUUGGUGGAUUGUGGGAAGCUAACAUAAAGGGAGCUAAACACCACAUGAAGCGAAUUUUAGGGAAUUCAUUCUUAACGUACGAGGAGUUAUAUACCGUGGUGGUCCAAAUCGAGGCAGUCCUCAAUUCUCGACCUCUCACCCCACUAUCCUCUGAUCCCGCCGAUCUCAUAGCCCUUACACCUAGUCAUUUCCUCAUAGGAGAUGUUCUAACGACCAUCCCACAGGAAAAUGUAGUUGACACGCCAGUUAACAGAUUAUCGUUAUACAAAAAACUUCAGCAAAUGUUGCAACAUUUUUGGCGAAGGUGGUCAACGGAAUACAUCUCCAACCUGCAAAAUCGAACCCGAUGGAACUCACAGUCACCGCAGGAAAUUCAACCCAACACCAUGGUCCUGCUCAAGGAGGACAACCUACCCCCACUCCAGUGGAAGCUUGGCAGAGUGAGUGAGGUGUAUCGUGGAAAGGACAACAUAGUGCGAGUGUGUGUGGUAAGGACUCAGUAUAGUCAGUUGAUAUUGUAACGUACACUCUCUACAG